CCUUUAAGAGCGCCCGGCCGGGUGGGAUGGUGCGUGGUGUGUGAAGGCAACACAGAGGAAGUUACGCAGCCUGAAUCAGGCGCGGGGAUAAAAGCUCUGCUGGUGAUUGAAAGUGAUGGCCAAAAGGAUUUGAGGCUCCGUGCCUGAACUUGGAGAGAGAGAGAGAGAGAGAGAGAGAGAGAGAGAGAGAGAGAUGCCAGCUAUCUAUCCAUCCCUCUCUUUGCAUCCAUCAUCUACCCGCCCUUGAGUGCCAGCGAGGGGGAUCGGAGCCGUCCUGCCCGCAGAGAGGCUGAGCAAAGGAGAGCCAAGGCUUCUUAUCUGCGCUGUGUGUGUGUGUGUGUGUGUGUGUGUGUAAAACCCUCCCCAGACCGACCCGGGAGGGGAGGGAGGGGGAGCGCCGGGUGGGGAGCGAAGGGGAUGAAGGAGAGCGGGAUCCUCUGGUGGGGCGUUUUCUUUCCGAAAGGAAAAAGUUGAACUUGGCUCCUCUCUCCAUCCACCCUCCCGGGCGCUGCCAUCGUACCCAGACCUCGCUUUGGAAGCCCAAAGGAAGGAAGCGGAGAUUUUAAAAAGCGAGAGGAAGGAGAAGAAGAGAGAGGAGGAGAGAGGAAAGGGAGGAAAGGGACUUCUCUCGCCUCCUUCCCACCCCGACUCCCCUUGGCCGGGCAGUUCGCUUCGUACACAACUUUGUGUAUUGCAGGGGGGCGAGGAUCCCCCAACGGCGUCCAGAUCGCGGGCGGGACGCGCUGGGCUCCCGAGGGCACCCCGGAGGCAGCGAGCGAGGCUAGGGCUUGCCUUGCGUUCAGGGAAGCCAUCCAUCCCUCCGCCCUGCGCGCCGCCUCGAUCUGGGUCUCUCUCUCUCUCUCUCCUUUCUCUCUGCUCCGUCACUGCGCCGGAUUACAGGAGCUGCGGAUGCCGGCAGUUUUCGUGAAGGAGUUAGCUGCUUCCUCCUUAUGUCGUCAAGGAGAAGCAAGAAAAACUCAGGAGGAUCCUCAGUCUGUAGCCGGAAGCUUUGGAUACUUUGCGAUAAAGUUGGUGGAAGCCAGCAGUAGUUUUCUAUGAGUGCCUCCCUUCUCUUGAAAGAAGACAAAAGCACACCAGAAAACACCCACAGAUAUAUCCAAUUUUUGUUUUUUGUUUUAAAAAAUAGAUAGGCCACAGCUCCGUAAACAGUGGACAAAUUUGCCAAGUCAAAUUUCUCUUGAGCCACACACUUACUUUCAAGGAAAUUGUACUCCCAAAGAUUUGAUUAAUGCCCUUUCCAAGUUCCAUAUCAUGCUACAUUAUUUUUUUACAUAAAAUAUUUUUUUCUUUAAAAUAAAACAAAGCAUAUUGCAGCUUCAAAGCACUUUAGAAAGCUUCAUGUUGUAGCAGAUGAGGAAAUAAGAUUGAAGAAAACUUGAUCUAGCCCCAACUGCAUUGCCUCCUUCUACUCCCCCCCCCCACUGAUCAAAUUUUGUCAUAGAAUCAGAACUCGAUAGUUCUAUCGAUUGAUUGAGGAGAGUCACCUCUAGAUAUUUUCACACUGAUUUGGAUGAUCAUUUAUGCGCGUGCACACACACACACACACACACACACACUGAAGUUAAGGAAGACUUUUGAUGACUGAUCAGCAGGCCUGGAAAGGUUUACCCAAAUUCUCUGAACAAGUUCAUCUAGAAAUGUGUUGGCUGUAACAGAGACUUUCUUCUUGCCUAAACACGCAUUUCAAGCGUCAUCACCUGGACCUCCUAAGUGUUUGCUGUUUGUAUUAGAUGUGGAGUUUCCAUGCUGAUCCCGAAAGCCUCCCCUUGCCAGGAUCUGCCUUGCUCAAAACUUUAGGCAUCUCCUUUGCCCAGGAUCCUUGCGCUUAGUCACAGCUGCCAUGCUGCACCACGCUGCUUUCUUAUUGCACUGCCUCCCACUGGUCAUGGGACAGUAUGACAUCUGCAAAUCCUGGGUGACCACAGACAAUGGGCCAAUGUGGGAAUUUUACGCUUGCCAACCCAGGGCCGUGCCCAUGAAGGAAUACGCAACAGUACGAGUGGAGCCAUCAGGAAUCACCUGCGGGAACCCGCCCCAGAAAUUUUGCACUCAUGAAAACCCAUAUAUGUGUGAUGAGUGUGAUGCAUCCAACCCUGACCUGGCCCAUCCACCCAAGCUGAUGUUUGACAAAGAAGAUGAAGGCCUGGCGACAUACUGGCAGAGUGUGACAUGGAGCCGUUACCCGGAGCCUUUGCUGGCCAACAUCACACUUUCUUGGAACAAGAGCAUUGAGCUGACUGAUGACAUCAUAGUGACUUUUGAGUAUGGGCGUCCCACAAUGAUGAUCCUGGAAAAGUCCUUGGACAAUGGGAGGACUUGGCACCCAUAUCAAUACUAUGCAGAUGAUUGCAACGAAACCUUCGGCAUGCAAGCACGGAGGGUCAGGAACCUCUCCACCACCAGCGCCAACAGGGUCAUCUGCACAGAUGAGUAUUCCCGCUGGCCGGGCUCCAAGAAAGAGAAGAAUGUACGCUUUGAAGUGAGGGACCGCUUUGCCAUUUUUGCUGGGCCGGAACUCAAGAAUAUGGACAACCUUUACACCAGGCUAGAGAGUGCCAAAGGGCUGAAGGACUUCUUCACCAUGACGGACUUGCGGCUGCGGCUGCUGAGGCCAGCGCUAGGGGGCACCUACGUGCAGCGGGAGAAUUUGUUCAAGUACUUCUAUGCUGUCUCCAACAUUGAAGUCACGGGCAGGUGUAAAUGCAACCUCCAUGCCAAUCUGUGCACCUUCAAAGAGGGAAGCCUCCAGUGUGAGUGUGAGCACAACACAACCGGUCAGGACUGUGGGCGAUGCAAGAAGAACUUCCGCAGCAAGUCUUGGCGGGCAGGAUCCUACUUGCCCCGCCCCAAUGGCUCUGCUAAUGUCUGUGCGGCUCCAAACUUUGGCAAUUGUGAGUGUUACGGUCACUCUAAUCGCUGCAGCUUCAUUGACUUCCUGAACCUAGUGACCUGCAUCAGCUGCAAACACAACACUAGGGGGCAGCACUGCCAGCACUGCCGGCUGGGCUACUAUCGCAAUAGCUCCGCAGAGCUGGAUGAUGAGAAUGUAUGUGUGGAUUGUAACUGCAACCGUAUAGGCUCAGUGGCCAACCGCUGCAACGAGACCGGCUACUGUGACUGCAAAGAAGGUGUCACUGGGCCGAAGUGUGAUGACUGUCUGCCCGGCUACUACUGGAGACAAGGCUGCUUUCCUAAUGUGUGCGACGAGGAGCUGUUGAUUUGCCAGAAUGGGGGCACUUGUUAUGACAACCAGCGCUGUCUCUGCCCACCCAACUUCAGGGGUGUCCUCUGUGAGCAAUCCAAAUGUGAGGGAGAAAACAAGGAAUGUGACUCUGCCUCAAGCACGUACCUCAACCUCUCGGCCUUCCUCAUCAGCGUGCUGGGCCUGCAGCUGCAACACUUUUUGGACCUUUGAAGCCCAGGAAACCAGGGGGAGGGGGGGAAAUGCCUCAUGGAAGGACAAGAGGGGAAGGAGGGAGGGUCUCACAAGUUAAUGGAGCAGGGGGUUGUCUCUCUCUCUCUCUCUCCCCACCACCAGCCUCUCUUUCCUCCAUCCAACAGGGAAGUGGGGAGAGAAGCAGAAGGUAUUCAAGGGACUGUACUCUCCCCCUUCUGCCCAAGUAGCUGAGGACCCCGGCUGGAGGCAGCUGCAACAUUUCAGAGGCAGAACUGACUCUUAUCAUUGGGAAGAAACAAGGUGCCGCGACUUUGGGGUGGUGGCAGUGGCGCUGGCAAAAGACUUGCCUCGCUUCCUCUUUCUGUUCAAGGGUGACCUUGCGACCCCUGUUCCACUUUGCACAGGAGGAAUCUGCCAAACGAAAACGAAACCAUGCCACAAUCCUCUGGCGCUUAGUUGCUUGGCUAUUUCUCCUCUGUCCCUUUUCCUUUCCUCCUUACUCUUAUUGUUCUGGGAGUAGCCCUCCUAACAAGAGACUGGCAGCUAUAGAAAGUCCAGGCUGCGGGGCAGGGAACCUGCAAGAUUAUACCCACCUGGCAUCAUCAGCCUGCUCCAGCCCAGGCCUAGAAUUAUAUUGUUGCCUACAAAUCAAGUUGCUGAAUUUAUUAAGUUUUUGUACUUUUUCAGUUUUUAUUCCGUUGGUUGUGAGUCUUCGAUUCCCCCCUCCCCCUUUUCUCGCACUCAAGACCAGAACUGAACAAGGCCUCUGUAUCGCGACAAAAAGUGUAAUGUGUGUUAUCCAGGCUUCACCGUAUAGUUUACGGUUCUCAAAUACUUUUUAUUUUGGUAGAGAAUUAUUUUUGUUUGGAUUAUAAAUGUUCUAAAGAGAGAGAAGAAGAAGAAGAAAAAGAUGAACCACCACAGCCUCUAGAGACACAUCUUACCAUAAAUGUUAUGGUGUAAUAAUCCUACUACAGUAAAGCAACCUAAUAACUGCU